AUGAGUGAAGAGAUUAAAUCAUAUUGUAAUGAAGAAUUAGGUCCAUUACCAACAAAAACUCCAGAACUUCCAAAAAAUGUAAUGGAUAUGUUUUCAUUAAAAGGUAAAGUAGCAUCAGUUCUGGGAAGUUCUGCGGGCAUCGGCUACGCGGUUGCGGAAGCAUUUGCACAAGCAGGAGCAAACAUCUGUCUCUGGUAUAACAGUCAUCCUGCAGAUGAUAAAGCGGAAUACUUAUCAAAAACAUAUGGAAUAAAAUCAAAAGCAUAUAAAUGUAAUAUUAGUGAUCCAGAAGAUGUUGAAAAAGUUAUCAAACAACAAGAAGAAGAUUUUGGAACCAUUGAUGUUUUUGUUGCAAAUGCUGGUGUUGCUUGGACUGAAGGACCAGAAAUUAAUGUUAAAGGUUAUGAUUCAUGGAACAAUAUUAUAAAUACUGACUUAAAUGGUGUUUAUUAUUGUGCUCAUAACAUUGGUCCAAUUUUCAAGAAGAAUGGUAAAGGUUCUUUUAUCAUAACAUCAUCAAUGUCAGGAUCAAUUGUUAAUAUUCCUCAAUUACAAGCUGCUUAUAAUGCAGCAAAAGCAGCCUGUACUCAUUUGACUAAGUCAUUAGCUGUAGAAUGGGCUCCGUUCGCUAGGGUUAAUAGCGUUUCGCCUGGCUAUAUUUCAACUGACAUAUCUGAGUUUGUUGAAAAGGCUAUGAAAGCUAAAUGGUGGCAGCUUACGCCCUUAGGUAGAGAAGCUGACCCUAGGGAACUUGUUGCUACCUAUCUACUCCUUGCAUCAGAUGCAUCUACUUAUACUACAGGCGCCAAUUUAGCGGUUGACGGUGGUUAUACGAUAGUUUAA